AUGUCGACAACCACAACCAGCACAACAACGGCAACUCCAAAAACCCCCGCCAUCCUCCCCUUCGACAUCUCCACCUACCCCAAACUCGACCACAAACAAGCCGGCCACCUUCGCCACUUCCACAACCUCCUCGCGCAACCGGACGGCGAAUGGCACCAUUUCGGCAGCCAAGAACCCAGCCAAGAAUGGGACGACGCCUACCGCUACCAACUCGCCACCAUGACCUACGCCAUGAGCGUCGCGCACUUCCACCGCCUGCCCAUCCUGAAGGGCGUCUUCAAACCGCUCGUCCGUCGAGCCAUCCACAAAAUGCUGCUGAGACAAGUCUGGGGCUACUGGUUCAACACGUCCCAUGCUGGGAUUGCAACCAUGCCGAAUUUGAAGGAACUGCGCAAGCCCUGGGCGGAUCCGAUCAAGCAGGAAAAUAUCAUGUAUAGUGGUCAUCUUUUGCUCAUGACGAGUUUGUAUGCCACGUUGUUCGAUGACGAUGAGUUUGAGAAGGAGGGGAGUAUCAAGUUGUUGUGGAAUCCGCUGUUUUGGGGGUUCGGGGACGAGGAGUUUGUUUAUGACAAUCGGAGUGUGCAGAGGGAGAUCUUGAGGCAGAUGGAGGAGAACGAUUGGGUUGGGGUGUGUUGUGAGCCGAAUGCAGUGUUUGUGGUUUGUAAUCAGUUUCCUAUCAUUGCAAUGAGGUUGAACGACACCCGAGAUGGGACGAGCGUCGUCGAAGGAGUACUAGAGAAGUAUCAGGAUGCCUUGAAGAGGAAAAAGAUGGUCCAGGAUGAUGGCAUGUAUACCCUGUUCUAUGCCCUUGAUCCUGGCAAGGCUUUGCCAUCUCGCCAAGGGGCUCAUACCGCAUGGGCCAACGCCUACAUGAACAGCUGGAACUCCAAGGCUGUCCGCGGUCUAUACGACCAAUCAACACUUGGCUACAUCACCAAGAUCGACGGCAAAAUCGAACUCCAACAAACUCAAGUAGCCGGCGCAUUCCGUAAACUCGUCCUCGUCGACGGCGAGCCCGCAGAUUCCAUUGAGACGCUGAAGAAAGCUCGUGCAACGAUCUCGUGGGGCAACUUCUCCCAGAUGCUGUCGGAGCUUGGCAAGAAAGAGGAGUUGUCUGCGAUCCAAGCCUACGCCGAUAGUUACUUGAGUCCAAUGUGGGAGAAUGGAGGUCUAUACUACCCUCGCAAUGAUAACGUCUUCGACAAGAACGAUAACCUAGUCCAUAUGGAGCCUCAUUCCGGCAACUCUGGCAUCGGCUACGGACGAUUGAAUGUCGAAGACGGCCAGAAGAAGAUCUGGGAGAACCCUUGGACACGCGAGACUCUUGCGAAUCGCCCGUCGAUCGAAGGCAUCACGCUGGCUGAUGGGUUUGAUUUCUUGAGGGGGACCUGGGAUGAGGAGAGGAAGGCCGUCAUUGUUACAUUGAAGCCAUGGCAAGAUGGCGCGACUGAAGCCAACCUAAAGGUCGAGAAUCUGCCCAAGGGCUCGUGGAAUGUUUACGUGAAUGGCAGCUUGAGGAGCAUGCAUGAGGCUGGUACCAGCGUGAGCGUUGGUGUUGCCACUAAGAGUGCCCGGGAAGAGGUAAAUGUUGUGGUUCUGCGCCAAGAUUGA